CUGCGUGUGUAGGGUGACGCAGCAAGCUCUAGCGAUAUCAUACAGCCCGGUAUAUAAAUAAUAUCCAAACUACGGGAGGGAUGUAAUUAGAGAAGGUUUGUCAGACCCACAGGAAUUUAGAAUGUUGCUUGAUAUUUCGUUGAGUUUGUUUGCGCUCCUCUGUCUUUGUGAGAGUGGUCAUUAUACCCUCGAGAAUAAGACAGGUGAUGGCAGUCUUGGAGCUGAUGGCAGCCUCGGGAAUAUGGUGUUUCCGGAGGGAGCAGGUCUGGAGAGCUUGUCACUGAUUAUUGAACGGGCAAAUCAAUCCUUCAUUAGGAUGAAAUCCAUAUCUACUGAGGCGGACAAAGCUGCCUCAGAAAUGGAAGAGCUGAUUAAUAUCCUGCAGAAAUUCCGUGUUAAGGAUGGAAGUACCGGUGUAGCUACUCCUACAGAGUCUGAUUAUCCUUCAACACAGUUACCCCCUGAGGAAGAUGUUACCUCUUCAGGACAACUUCCUGAGUCGACUACAGAUGAAUCAGAAGAGGAAGCAGAGGAUGAAAACUAUUCAGAGUCUGAUUAUCCUUCAACCCAGCUACCCCUUGAAGAAGAUGUUAGCUCUUCAGUGCAACUUCCUGAGUCAACUACAGAUGAAUCAGAAGAGGAAGCAGAGGAUGAAAAUAAUGGAGAGUCUGAUUAUCCUUCAACCCAGCUACCCCUUGAAGAAGAUGUUAGCUCUUCAGGGCAACUUCCUGAGUCGACUACAGAUGAAUCAGAAGAGGAAGCAGAGGAUGAAAAUAAUGGAGAGUCUGAUUAUCCUUCAACCCAGCUACCCCUUGAAGAAGAUGUUAGCUCUUCAGUGCAACUUCCUGAGUCGACUACAGAUGAAUCAGAAGAGGAAGCUGAGGAUGAAAAUUAUUCAGAGUCUGAUUAUCCUUCAACCCAGCUACCCCUUGAAGAAGAUAUUACCUCUUCAGGACAACUUCCUGAGUCGACUACAGAUGAAUCAGAAGAGGAAGCAGAGGAUGAAAAUGAUGGAGAAUCUGAUUAUCCUUCAACCCAGCUACCCCCUGAGGAAGAUGUUAGCUCUUCAGGGCAACUUCCUGAGUCGACUACAGAUGAAUCAGAAGAGGAAGCAGAGGAUGAAAAUAAUGGAGAGUCUGAUUAUCCUUCAACCCAGCUACCCCUUGAAGAAGAUGUUAGCUCUUCAGUGCAACUUCCUGAGUCGACUACAGAUGAAUCAGAAGAGGAAGCAGAGGAUACAAAUUAUUCAGAGUCUGAUUAUCCUUCAACCCAGCUACCCCUUGAAGAAGAUAUUACCUCUUCAGGACAACUUCCUGAGUCGACUACAGAUGAAUCAGAAGAGGAAGCUGAGGAUGGAACCCCCUACACAACCCGCCCCGAAGGAUCAACCGAACCGCUAACUGUGUUCCCAGAAGCGGAUGAUCAAGCGCUACCGUUUAACUGCCAUUAUAAUUUUACCAGCCAACAAAUCCCCGGAAAUCCUAAAUCAACUUGUGCUACUUGGUUGUUAGAUAACUAUCAUAAACAUAAAGAGGGUUGGAGAUCUUGUCACGAUGCUGAUUAUCAUCGUUAUGAUGAAAGUGGGUUGUUUGAAAAAACAACGUGUUCCGACUACACCAGUCAAUGUGGAAGUGAUCAGACGGACAAGGCAUGCUGUGCAAUGGUGUUAUGUGAGAUUCAAAGAGUUACCUUUUUUUAUCAAGGGCCCAAUAAAAAAAUAGAAGAAGCUGAGGAAGACGAGGAGGGAACUGAACCUGAGGAGGGACCCCAUGAUUUAGCUACGGGUGCUUGCCAGGAUCGAUAUCAUCAUAAUCUUGAUAACGCCUGCGUCAAAUGGAUGUUUGAACACUAUCAUUUGGUCAAGACUCGGUUUCGUUGGCAGAGGUGCUCGGAGUUUGACUACAGUAAACAUAGUAAAAAGGGGUGCGGUAAGCUGAAAAGACAGUGCGAAAAAGCUGAAGCGAAGAAGCAGAGCUCUGCAAACGAACUCUGCUGUGCGUCCAUAAACUGCUACGGUAGGAGGAGGCAUUUUCUGAGACUGAGCGGUUGAAGAACUUGAUAACUCGUGACGGCAUCACAUUUCAUAUGACGUCAUAUCUUUUCACCUGACGUCAUAUCUCAUCACGUGACGUCACUUCUAUUCACAUGACCUCAUCACACCCAUAUGGACAUUAUUGUGGACGAUAAAAAGAUUUGGGAUUUUUAUAUUUUGUUGUCGAAUGUUGAGGAAGCAGAAAAUAAACUUGAGAGGGCUCUGAUAUCAAAUGAUUGUCAAAUCAAUUAGCUGAUUCCCUGGUUUAUCUUAUAAUUAAAACGGACAUGAAUUGUGAAUGGACACAUUUGGCAGAUUUAACUGUUAUCAUUAUCUUUAGCCAGCCGGCCUUUACUCCUUCCUCUUCUCAUUUUCUGGACAGCCGAACUGGUAAUUCAUAAUCUGGAGAUAAUAUUAUUUAUAGACUUAUUAUUAUAGAAUGUUAACAUAAUAUAAUACCCUGUUACAAACUUAUUGUUUUUAUCUUCUCGAAGUUUCUCUUUAUAGGGUAGCUCAAUUUCAGUAUUACAUACUUUUCACAGUUGACUCGUUAGGAUUCAUGUGAGAGUAUUUCAUCUGUUAUCUCGAACUUUUAACAUUUUGUUAAAUGAAAUAAUUAUCAGUUUUAAAUGUAACAGCUCGCAAACUGCAAUGUUUUCCCAAUUCUGCAGUAAAUUUUACGGUGUCGAUAUGUCUUUCACGAUGGUUCAUUGCAGGUGAACAUUGUGUCCUUAUUAGAUUUAAGCUUCAGGAAUAAAAUAUGAGAUAAAUAACGUUGUUCGUUAAUUUAAUUACCAAUUGAGCCGAGGUUGUAUUUUUAGAAAAACACUGACUGAACGGUACGCCUUGUUUGGAGUGCUGGUAAUUUGUGUUCUUGAAUCAUGAGUUUAAAUUAAUCAAACUUUAAUUAUUGUUCAGAUCUUUAUGUAUUGUAUAUUUAUCCGCGGAUGUAUACGCUGUUUCUGAUUUAAUGUG